UGAAGCAUAGGCUUCUUUGUGUUGCUCUUCUUCUUUCAAUUUUAGACUUGGCCCAGACUGAAGGCUGGAUAUCCUGUUCUCAGGUGUGCGAUGGGGUACGUCAGUGUCCAAAUGGAGAAGAUGAAAUGUUCUGUGCCUCAACAACAAGAAAACCAACAACACUAGAGAGUUAUGCUCCAACAACUGCAGCAGCCCCAGCUCCAACAAUAGUAGCAGGCGAAGCUCCAACAACAGCAGCAAGCAAAGCUCCAACAACUGCAGCAGCUGCAGCUCAUUCAACGGCAGCAGCUGCAGCUCCAACAACUGCAGCAUCCGCAGCUAAAUCAAAGGAAAGAUCUACAUCUUCUUCAAGUGAAGAAGAACAUUGUCAUGUGAAACCAAGAAAAAGAGAAAUGUGUGGUUCAAAAGGAAUAACCAAAAAACAGUGCAAGAAAAAAAAUUGCUGCUUUGAUCCCAAAGGUCAUGGAGGUAUACAUUGUUUCCAUCGAAAACCAAAAGGUCACAGUCAUGAAGAACAUACUACAACAACAACUAAAGCUCCAACAACCAUACAGAUAGCUACAACAACAACUACUCCUACCACUACUACUACUACUACUAAAGCUACAACAACAACUACUCCUACCACUACUACUACUACUACUAAAGCUACAACAACUACUCCUACCACUACUACUACUACUACUCCUACCACUACUACAACUACUAAAGCUACAACAACAACAACUACUCCUACCACUACUACUACCACUACUACUAAAGCUACUACAACAACAACAUCAGGGGAAUGUAAAAUGGAGCCCAGUAAAAGAGCAGACUGUGGUUAUCCAGGCAUUACUGAGUCCCAAUGCAGGAAUAAGGGUUGCUGCUUUGAUUCAAGCAUUCCCCAAACUAAAUGGUGCUUCUACUCACUACCACAAGUUGCAGACUGCAAAGUGGCACCAAGUUCUAGAGUAGAUUGUGGCUUUGGAGGAAUUACUGCAGACCAAUGCAGGCAACGGAACUGCUGCUUUGAUUCUAGUAUAUCAGGAACCAAAUGGUGCUUCUAUUCCACUUCACAAGGUAACACUAUGUGUUCAGGCCCACCUACAAAGAGAAGGGACUGUGGUUAUCCAGGAAUUUCUUCCAGCGUCUGUAUAAACAGAGGGUGCUGUUGGGAUAACUCUGUUAUGAAUGUGCCCUGGUGUUUCUACCGGACAUAAAAAGGUCUUCAGUGAAAUAUGGUGUCAAUGACUGGAUUUACAAAGAAAACUUUUUGAGCACAUUUACUAUUUCCGAUCUUUAAAAGAAUAUUUGAUAAAGAAUGUAUACUAGAAGCCACUCUUGUAUUGUGUUUUUUUGAUUACAUCCAAAUAAAAGCUUUUGUAACCAUAAA